UCCAACAAAUCAAUAUACUGUAACAAUCAAUCCUAAAACACAGCAAUGUUCAACACUUGUAAACAAAUUUCUAAUCCUUUCAAAAAUAUUUGCUCAGCAGGUAUGGUUGUGGAAUUACAACUAUGCACAUAUUUUUAUAGAAUUUAGACCUAGAGCAGGUUUCAGGUUAAGCUGAACAAAACAGUCGAUUGAGUUUGGUCUUUACCCUGGAGGUGGUCCUGGAUGGUGAAAAGAUCUUUCCGUCAUCUUUUCCAUUCCUUUUAGACACAGAUAUCAAGAAUCAGCACAUGAAACUUAAGAAUGGUGAUUAUUAACAAAAUUUCAUGCUGAAAUUUAUACUGGAUACCAGAAUAGUACAAAACUACCAACAUGCAUUGCAGCAUGGACAAAUGAGCCACUGUUUUCUUCAUCUGCUUUUAUUUUUAAGUUAUUUGAUUUGUGACUUUUUGCUAGACUGUUUUUUACUACUCAUGGUAAUUAUGAUGCUCUGUUUUGUUUUGUUUUUCCAAAAACUAAUUUUAAAAUGUCAAAUUUCAAGAGCAACACUAAAGCAAACACCGAUCUCCAUUAUGGUGACUUCAAAUAAACGUUCACAUAUACACCUCAAAUCUCAAUUAGAGCUUGUAAUAAGUAAAGCUGGUAAUGCUGUUUUCUGCUGAAAUCUUGAGAGAUUUAAUGUGUUGUAUUUUUAGUUGAUUUUAUCUUUGUCUUUGGCUGAAGAUUGUGUUUCUCUGCUCUUGUUUUUCUUCCCUUCAGUGAUCCUACUUGUGCACAGGUGUCCAAGUUCAAGCCUCCUUUAAUUAGUCACUUCAUCAUCUCAAUAACUAUCAGUGCUCUUUUAAAACUAAAUGUAUUUUAACAGUAAUAUACUGUAGGUUUAAUUCAAGGAAGCAAACAGUAAAAAAAAAACUGUAGAUUAACAGCAACCCCGCUACCAGUAUUUCAAAGUAAAAAAAAUUAAAAUACAGCAAGAUUCUGUAAAACCUAACAGUCAAGAUUCCUGUUGUGUGUUUUGUGGAUUGCCAUUUUGUAGAAGAGUAGAGCCUCUGUUUAAGUCAAUGACGUACAGAGAAAUCUUGGUGUUAUGCUGUGUGUUGCUUUAUGUAAAGGCAGUAACUGUGUAGGAUUGAUGCACUGAGACUCUCUUCACUAAUUUCAAUUGCACAGGAAUGUGUACUGUUAUUAUCUACAAGAGAUUUAACUUGAGUUUAUACUUUUAAUAAUUCUUGGAUCAGUGUACCUUUUGCUUUAGCUAACCCUGCAGUCUCAGAUAUCAGUGUGACAGCAGUGAAAAAAGUAUUUCAGAUGCCAUGGCUGGGCAAAAUUCAUUCUUCAGAUGGUUGGAUGUGGGCAGAUAACUUUUGCCUUCUGAUAUUUGGGGGGAUUCCCUGGCAGGUCUAUUUUCAACGGGUUCUUUCUGCUUCUUCAGCUUCUUACGCCCAAGUCCUCUCAUUCUUGGCUGCAUUUGGAUGCCUCAUUAUGGCGCUCCCCUCCAUUUUAAUCGGGGCCAUAGGGGCAUCUACAGACUGGAACCAGACAUCAUAUGGCUCUGUACCACCGACAGAGAGAGAUGAAUCAGACAUGAUUCUACCUAUCGUGCUUCAACAUCUUUGUCCAUCUUUUAUCUCAUUUUUCGGCUUGGGUGCAGUUUCAGCUGCUGUGAUGUCAUCAGCAGAUUCAUCCAUUCUAUCAGCAAGUUCAAUGUUUGCACGCAACAUCUAUCAGCUUGCCUUCCGUCAGUCGGCAUCUGAUAGAGAAAUUGUGUGGGUUAUGCGACUCACAAUCUUCGUGUUUGGUGCUGUAGCCACGGCCAUGGCUCUCUUGACUGGAACAGUUUAUGGAUUGUGGUACCUUAGCUCGGAUCUUGUCUAUGUUAUUAUCUUUCCUCAGUUGAUUAGUGUGUUAUUCAUUAAGGGAACCAAUACGUAUGGCUCAGUAGCUGGCUACAUCUUUGGCUUGCUUCUGAGAAUCGGUGGUGGGGAACCCUACCUCAAGCUUCCACCUUUCAUCUACUACCCAGGCUGGAAUGAAGAAGAGAAGGUGCACCAUCUGACCAAAGAGGUGGAGCAUGUUGUGGUUCAGAAGUUCCCUUUCAAGACUGUAGCCAUGCUAGCCUCACUUUUGGGCAAUGCCAUCUUCUCAUACACAGCCAAGUAUCUAUUUGAGAGCGGCACACUCUCUCCCAAAUAUGACUUUAUGAAUGCGGUGGUUGCCAAGCACAGCAAGGAAAUCAUGGACAAGACAAUUCUUGUAAGCAGUGACAACAUCAUCCUGUCAGAAAUGGCUCCAGUUAAUCCAAGGACAGCAUCUUCCUUUCCAGUUACAUUCGUGAACAUGGAGGUGCUUAUUGAUGAAAAAGAAAUCACUGCAGAACUAAAUAAUGAAUGUGAAUAAGGAGUUUCUGUGACUGAUGGGUGAUUGAGUGCAAAUCUGUGAAGAAAACUAAAACCUCAUGCUGGUUUAAUUAUUUUUGGGGUUUAUUUAGAUUUGUCAUGAGUGUAGCAAUACACAGUUCACGAGCUAUUUCAUUUCACUGAAGUAGAUUUUCUUGAAUGUCCAUUAUAUGAAUGAAUGAUGUUAAAAAUCCCAUUAGUAUUGAUGCAUUAUUGUUUUUAGUGACAGCAGCUUGUAAAAUCUAACAUGUGUGGGGCCAUGUAUUAUGCCAUUAGUUUUGAUCUGCAUCUUAAAAAAAUGGUGAUGAAUGAAAUAUAUUUUAUUUGAGCUGUUAAUAUAGUGUUUUAUGGGUUCUCUCUGUAGUCUAGAACUAGUGCAAAUAUUGUCAAGACAGUAUUACUGUGAUGAAAGCAACAUUUCUUAAAACAUUCUCAGUGAUGUCAUAAUGUAAACUAGUUGGAAUUCAUAAAACUGUACUGUUGAUUCAAUCAUGCAAUGUUGGUGUUGAUGUAGAGUUUGCCAUUAUUGUUUUUGCUUAUGUACCUAUCCUGACAUCACACAAUGUAUUUUUCAUGGCAUCAGGCAAAAUGUUUACACUUUAAUGAGAUUUAAAGUGAUAGUCUAUUAUUCUAGCAAAGCUGCAGUUAGAAAUUAUCUAUUUAAUUUGCUUGACAGGGAGGUAUUUGUGAUGAUUUUUUUAUUGUAAAAUAAAGUCUUUUUUUAUGUGAGAUGAAGCCAGGAUAUAUCAAGUAAAACAUUUUAGGAUGUGUACUAGAAAUGUUUCAUUAAACCAGAAGGU